UCUCCUGGCGGCGCGGCCUGUGGGGCUCGGCUGCCGGCCCGCAGAUGGAAAUGUCAGAAGAUGACACUAACACGGAAGAAUACCCCACUGAGAUUCAUGAUUAUCUUGCAGCCUUUGAAAAAUCUCUUGGGUCUGUAGAUGAGAUGUUGAAGACAAUGAUGUCAGUUCCCAGGAGUGAGCUUCUCCAAAAGUUAGACCCUCUUGAGCAAGCAAAGCUAGAUUUGGUUUCGGUGUACACAUUGAAUUCAAUGUUCUGGGUAUACUUGGUUACUCAGGGAAUCAAUCCAAAGGAACAUCCAGUGAAACAAGAAUUGGAGAGAGUAAGAACCUACAUGAACAAGGUCAAAGAAAUAGCAGACAAGAAAAAGGCAUCCAAACUCAAUAAAGGAGCUGCUUCUAGAUUUGUAAGAAAUGCACUCUGGGAACCAAGUGCUGAAAACGAACAUACCUCCAAAACCCCUGCUAAAGGGAAAAAGAGAAAGAUGGACUAAAGGGGACUUUGUUUCCCCUCAUGUAAAAGUGAGACACCUAGAACUGAUUUUGAAAUGUUUUGUAUACUGAACGGAUCUUGCAAAGGUGUUGUAUUGCAACACCUUGAUGAAAGUAUAUUUAAGGAUGUUGACAGGGUUUCAUUUUGCCCAGAACACUGAGGUGUGUGUCUGUCAUCUGAUAUGAGAGAAGGCACAUUUCAGUGUUCAAAUGGCAGUGACUUGACAUACACUUAAUGGUAAUAGAUACAAGUGAUACUUUGCUCAUAAUGCCUAAGAAUCCCCUUUUCUCUUUUUUUAA